AAGAGAGUGUGUGAGAAGUCUUGGAGGGAAAGAAUUUCAGAAUUCUCAGCGAUCGAGAAAGAAAGAGAAGAGAGCGAGAGUGUGUGGUAAGUCUUGGAGGGGAAGAAUUUCAUAAUAGCGUUUGGACUGUGCAAUUAAAACUCUAAAAUUUAUGUGAGUUUUGGGUGGUGGCUAUGAAGACGUCUUGUAUACGUUAUGUAUGUAUCAUCGCAAACCAUGAAGAAAAAUCUAGGUUCAUGGAUUUAUUAUUGGAUACUUGUCAUGAAGCUCGAGAUGUUGCAGCAGACACUAUCUUAAAAGAUAGGCCUGGUGAUCAGUUACAGAUCGGAGAAGCAUGCAAGUCCAACUGUAUUGCUGUUACACACAUGUUCCGUUCGUCUAAGUACCUGAUCAACAUAAUGGCAUCUCCCUGCAAUAUGGUUGAUGGCGCACUGGUUAUAAUCAACUAUGAAAAUGGUCUCUGUCCGAAUAUUGAAGAUGGACUUACUAAAGCUAUCAAAAAUAUGACCCAAGUUACGCUUCUCAUAAAUAACGUUGAUCGGUGUUUUGAAUUAAAUGGCGAAAAGGUCUAUACACAUCUUUUUUCUAUUAUCAACCAGGUGAACGACAUCAUAAGGAAAUAUGGAGGUGCUGAGGUUUGUCCGGUUAGAGGAACUGUUGGAUUUGCAUUUGGAAAACAUGAUUGUGCUUUUCACUCUUUCUAAGUUUGCCGGAGAGAAGUGGGGGGUGGAAAAAUUAUGGGGUGAAAGUUAUUACGACACUAAAUUGUCUAGGUGGUAUAGAAAAAAAACCAAGUCUGCGACAUGCAAAAGAGGAUUUAUCCAGUUCUGCUAUGAACCAAUCAAGCAGAUCUUCGAUUAUGCUUCGGAUGACGAAAUGGAUAGUUUGUACCGUAGAUCAGUAGAACUGGGUUUCGGGGACCUAGAGAAGUCUGAUGGGACGAGCAUGGUAAAUAGCAUUAUGCUGAAUUGGGUUACAGAAUGUUAGCUGACAUGAUAAUCUGUCAACUGCCCUCGCCUCCUAUGGCUCAAAGGUACCGAAUUGAAGCUCUUUAUGCAGGUAACAUAAGUGACUCAUAUGGGCAAGGUAUCACAAAGUGUGAUCCGAAUGCUCCACUCAUGGUUUAUACUUCCAGAAUAGUUCAAGAGAAGGAUAAACGAACAGAUGCAAGUAAGGAUAAAACAGUUUUGGCUCGUGUAUUAUCAGGGAGUAUGCGAGCAGGAAGGAAAAUCCGAGUCUUGGACCAAGAUUUUUUUAUGGGUGAGAAUGAAUGUGUGUAUACUGAUAUUGUACAAUUCCGUGAUGGAAAGAAAAGGGAUGUCCGUACCGGUGAUUUGGUUGUGUUAGAAAGCUCGGGCCAGUGGAAGCCUGUGGGUGCUACUAUUACCGGUGUGGAGGAUAUCGGGGCAUCAUUAUUAAAACCCCCACGGUAUUUAAAGUUUCCCAAUGCUCAAUCGACAAAGGAUAUAGACAAGAAAGUAGGUAUCAUAUGGGAUGAACGUUUUAUAUCUGGUCAUAUACCUUACAACAACAAAAAUGAGAUCCCAGACAGAACAAAUAAAAUAAUGGAAAGCCUCCGAGUUCAGGGCCUGUUGCCAAGGUGCAAAACAAUGAGGCCAACCAAUUCUGCAACUCUUGACGAUGUUGCUUUGGUUCAUACACCAGAGUACAUUAACUCAGUAAAAGACAUUUGUGCUAUAACUGAUACUGAGAUGAGGAAUGAUGAGGCUGGAGCUAAGUUUGGGGACCUUUAUCUCAGCAAAAAGUCUUUCAAAACUGCACUUCUGGCAGCUGGUGCGGCAAUCGAGGUGGUUGAGAAAGUGAUUAAGAAAGAAUUAGACUCAGCUUUCGCCAUUGUAAGACCUCCUGGGCAUCAUGCUGAGGCAAAUAAAGGAAUGGGAUUCUGUGUUUUUAACAAUGUAGCGGUUGCAGCAAGUGUUGUUUUGGGAAGACUGCCCUUGAAUGUCAAAAGAAUCUUGAUUGUAGAUUGGGACAUACAUCAUGGAAAUGGAACGCAGGAGACGUUCUUGGGUAACUCCAAUGUGUUGGUGUUUAACGUACACAGGUACAGAGUUGGCUUCUUUUCCCGUGAUGGAACUGGUAAGGGCAAAGGGUACAACGUGAAUGUGCCUCUGGAAGAAGACAGAUAUUCUGACGCUGACUACAUGGCAAUUUGGGAUCAUGUAUUGGUUCCAAUUGCCACAUCCUUUAAUCCCGAUCUCAUCCUCAUAUCUGGAGGAUUUGAUGCAGCCAAAGGAGAUCCCUUAGGCGGUUGCUCUGUCACGCCAAAUGGGUUUUCGUUGAUGGUAAAAAAGUUGAUGGGACAGCAAGAUGGAAGAAUUGUUAUAACUCUUGAAGGUGGCUACUCCUUGAGCGCAUUGCCCAAAUGCGUUUGUGCCACUGUGGAAGCUUUGCUUCAGGGAAAGCACAUUGGGGAGUUAUCAUCCAAUGAUGGUUCCUCCAUAAAAAUUUCAACAUGGCACCUUAUUCAGAAGGUGUGUUUGGCGUUCAAGAAGUAUUGGCCAACCCUCAUAUAUAACGAGGAGAUUGCUGAUUUAAAAACUUGCCGUCGCUGAGAAGGAGAAUGCUGCUUUAAAGAGUGUCUUGCGAGGAACGGGUGAACAUUUACUCAAAUGGUCUGGUGGACAGGUGAACGAAGAAAACACCGACUGAAGACAAGCAAUUUAUAUAAGUCUACUAUCUGUUAGCAGUCAUAUUUCCUUGUAUAUAUGUUGGACAAGUAUCCUCCUGUAAUCUGUUAAUGACAAUCAUACUACUCUGUAGGUUUCCAUGGUUGUAUGACUGUUAUUGUUUUCAAACGAGGAACAGAAUAUAAAAUUCAUCGUUCUAGUGGUGUUAUUAAUUUUCACUAGUGUCUGUCCCGUGGUUUGCACGGGAUUAAGUUAAUUGAAUUAUUCUUUGUGC